CUUCGGCCCACUUCCUUUUUGACUCUCUCGCGCGACCUCUCUCUCCGGCUCUCACGUAGCGGGUGACACUGGAGCUUUGGCGGUGUUGGGUUAGUCAGGGAAAGCUAGAAAGCCUGAGCACAACAAGUGCGCGACGUGGCGGCGAAGAACACGGAUGUUCUAUGACUCACAAACGUGCUGAAAAGUUUUAACCAAAAAGAAAAUCCUCAAAUAAAAAUUUUCAUCGCUUCGGCAAAUUCGCAAGUUUCGGGUGGAGUUUUGAAGGGUGAUUUUGGGGUGAAAGAGUGACAAGAGGUGGUUAAAGGUAAAUCCUUUUUUUCUGUGGUGAAGGUCGUGGAAAUGUGGUGAGGCAAUUAAUAAUAAUGAUGUGAGAGAUAUAAAUGGCACAUGGAUAGGAAAAUAAAGAGCCCCGUGUUUAGUGAUGCACGAUGCCAAAAAUGUGAUUAUGUACAAUGGUGACACGAAUUCUGUGAAAGAGUGAAGAGCUGAAAGUUCGUGACGUAGCCCAGAAAAUCCAUGUAUCUUCUCAUACAAUCAUACCCAAUAAUUAAGGUAAUAUUGCAGUAUACAACGGAUAGCAAGAUUACAAACACGGCAAAUUACAUGAAUGGAAUUAGUGCAUUUCGGUGCACUGUGCGGGCAUAAAGUGAAGUUUACUCUCUGGAUUUCGACCGUGAAUACUGAAGCUGCAUAAACAUACAUCCCUCCUCCACCCAUCCCGCCCCCGGAACCACCAUCAUCAGGAUGCCAAAAUUAGUAGUGCAGAAAUUUUGGAUAACUAUUUGUGGAUUUAUGUUAAUUUUGAUGAAUCACAGAACAAGCGGACAAUCCGAAUUUGAGGUUCAAUUAGUAGUUAGGAAAUACGUGGAAAAGGGAUCCAGUUUCACACUACACUGUGAGCACAACGUGAAACCAGAGAUUUUGUACAAGGUAACGUGGCUGAAGGGAGGGAAUAAAAUAUUCGAAUACAUUAAUGGACGAAAUCCACCGUUCCGGAAUUUCACCAUACAAGGAGCUGCUAUCGAUUGGAAAUCAUCAAAUGAACGGCAGGUAACGCUGAAGGAUGUGGAUUUCGAAGCGGGUGGCCUCUACUACUGCGAAGUGUCCACUGAUACGCCAAUUUUCACAAAAGCCUCGCAGGACGAGCAGGUGCACGUAAUUCUUCCACAAACUGGACCACCACGAAUCUCAUUCAGCAAGAGACAAUUUUUCAUAGGAGAAAAUUUAGUGGCAAAUUGCACAACAUCCAAAGCCAGACCAGCACCGCACAUAACAUGGCUUAUCAAUGGGAAAAAGGUCGACGAUAAACACAUAAGAACGCUGUUUCCGUAUGCAUCGAGUGGUAGUAGUGGAAAAAAUGCUCAUCGAUCAAAAGCACAGCAACACCCCAACAAUCCAUCGUACGACAAAGUGGACUUCGCAACUGACACAUUCCCCAAAUCACCUACCCAAACGAAAGCAGAUCGCCACGAGGUAUCAUCGCACAUGCCGCGGGCGCAAGCUUUCGACACUUUCUCAGCAUCGAGCCGCUCCUUUGGCUACGGAGGGAGUUACGAGGCUGUUCCUGCCAAGGAUAUUCACUCAGAUUUCUACGACAAUAAAUAUCACGAAGCGAGGAAGCAUCGAAAUGGCCGCAAGUAUCGGCGAUCAUUUGGGGAAGGUAGUGCUGUGAGGAAUCCCCAUCGACCUAUUUUCUCCGCUAGUCAGCUGAGCGUUGAGGUGUCUGACCUACAUGCAGGUAGCAAUGGACGCCUAGAAAUCACCUGCCUGGCCACAAUACCAGCUCACGUUGGUCCAGGCGAGCAGUUUGCCGACUACAAGACUUAUUCAGUCAAGAUUGACAUUGAGCAGGCAGAAGUAACGUCACCCGUUCCCCAGCCAGCUCCUUUGGGAAAUAUGUCAACAAGUAGUGCGACGGUAUUCACAAUUAACACCCUCGUUGUUGGAGUACCAAUUGCUUUUGUUAUAAUCCAGCAAAAAUGCCAACGACUGUAAAAUCAACUGAGAGGUCGCUUCUUUUUGCCACAAACCCCAAACUCUUUGUAUUUUUUGCGUUUUAUCCUCCCCCUCAUAUUUCUCGCAAUUUAUCCCCCUUUAUGUGGACAAAUUGCGCAUUUUGCAUUCUUCCUCGUCAUGCGAAUGAGGCCUCCCCCUCACCAAAAAUAAAAAGGAAAACGGGAGACAAAGGAAAGCGCUCCAAAAAUGAAAUUUAGUAUAAAAAGAAAAUUUCUUUAAUGGUCAGAAAUCCACUCACGCGAUAGAUUUUAAUUAAUCCCGCGCAUUAUUUUUUUUUCUUCAUUGUAAAGAGAAAAUUCUCUGCGUAGCAUGAAUGGUGGAAUUUAGCCAUGUAAUUGAGGAUGAGAAAAAAUGUGAGACAUAUAUUUUAGUGACAUGAUAAAUUGUAUAAAUUAAGCAUUUAGAAAGAAACGUUUUGUACGAUUUUACAAAAAUAAGAAGCAUUUUGUGUUUGCUUUAUUCAUUUGAAGCGGAUUUUUUUUUUAUUACUAAAAAUAAAUUUUAUUAGAUUGUCGCGAGUGUAAAAAGAAAUUUUAGUAAAAGCGACAGAGAUAGUUGAAGAGGGUAAAAAAAAAGUGAUGAAAAUUUAACGCCAAAAUAAAUUAGAUGAAAAAAUUAAUUAAUUUCCUCAACGUUUGCAUAUAAGAUAUAUUUCGUUACUAGGGUUGAAAGGCGAAGAUUAGAUCUGUUUAUUUUUUAAAGCUUUUCCUGAAAAGUUCUCUCAUUUUCAUAAACUUUGAAUUGAUUUUUGAGAUUAGAAUGAAAAUAGCGAAUUUUUUAUAUUUAAUUUUCAAUUUUCCUGACUGUUUGUUCUUCCCACUCUAUUGAAUAAUUUCUCUUAAAGAAAAAAAAAACAAGGAAAAAAUGAAGUGUAAUGAAAAUCGCUGCAGAGAGACAAUUUGCUAAAAUAUAUAGUUCUUGUGUAAUUAACUUCGAAAGUAAAACAUCGUGUAAAUUGAAAGGCACAUAAAGACUAACAAGAAAUUUGUCACGCGUAAAUGGAAAACUCAAGAUUGAAACAUAACGGAGUUGAAAUCAAUAGCAAGGAGAGUGUGUAAAUAUUGCAUUAAGGAAGAGCCGAGAUGGGGUAAAGCGAAUAGGGGUGGAAGAUGAAAGUUACAAAAGGGUUUGAUUGCAUCAAUUUUCUUGGCCAAAUACUCGCCUCAGCUCCUCACCAACAUUGAGAAAUUAUUUCUGUACGGCCGGAGCCGAGUAAUAUUUAAUUUUGGAAAAUUAAAUUUUCCUCGCUAAACCACAAGAGGGUGAACCAACAACAAAAAAACUCAAUAAACUCACAUUAAAGCAUUAAACACUCCUUCAUACUAAAUUUCUCUGUGCUCGCGGGGUGUUCCUUCAUUGGAGGGAAUCCUUUAAUGAGAAAGUUAAACAAAACAUUCACUUUUUCUUUCGUGUGAAAAAUAUGUUUUCAAAAUGCGAACCCUCUUUUAAUUCCCAGGUUUUGUCCCUUUAGGGAAAACUCCCGGAUCCUUGUGACACUCACAUUUUAUUUUCUUUUGGUAUAAGAGGUUAAUGCAAGGAAUUUUCCGCAACAUAUAAUUCCUCUGAAUGAUUUAUUUUUGUUCUAAUUAAAUGCAAUUAAAUAAAAAUGAAAUAGUUCAAUUUAUUUUUAGCAAGAUUUAAUAUUCAAUGAAAUGGGACAAUUAAUAUUUAAUUUUAUUAUUUUAUUAUUAUUUAAAUGAAUCAGAUAAAUUUGAUUAUCGGAAAAAAUAAUAGUCAAUGAUAAUCAAAUAAUCGGUUUAAAUAAAAUGAACAUUUAUUAUGAUUUUGGGUCAAUGGAAAAUAUUAUGUUUAUUUGUAUUUUAUAAUAAAAAAUAUAUAUAUAAAACAUUUAUUUUAUUCAUCAAAUUUAAUUUAUCCUGGACAGGUAAAAAUUCAGAACGCAUUAAGAAUUAAUUGCUUUUCCAUAGUUUAAGUAUUUUCCAAGUUUACUUUAGGAAAAUUGCUGAAAAGCUAGUUUAAAGUUUGAUUAAUUAAUUAAACAAUUAAUUGUUUAAUUUUAAGUUUUUUAAAAAUUCUUUAAACGACGAAAAUGAAUUUUGAUAAAAUUAGAACAUAAAUAAAUCAUACACAAAAGCAACAUAAAAAGUUUCUGGAAUCAGCUUCAAAAUUAAGAAGAAAAUUCAUAACCUUUUGACCCUCUAUCUACGGAAGAACUUUCAAAACAAAAUUUUCUCUCCCUUGAGCAAAAGUCAUUUCCCCCUUAAAGUGUUCCGCGUUUGUGGAAAAAGUGGAAAAGUCAAAUAAAAAAAAUAUUUCCAACCUCUUUCUGAAAGUCAACAAAUUUUAUAUAAAUAUAUUUUUAGCAGAGUGACAAGACAUUAAAAUGCAAAGAAAAAACCUUUCAAACAUAGAUAAAUUCAUUGUAUAAAUGAGCUAAAAAAAAAUGACUAUUGAAAAAAGCUUUAAAUGUUUUUGGGAGUAUUAAAAGAAAGUGAAAUCGAUACCAGAAGAUUCUUAGAGAAAGAAAAGAUAAAUAAACUGAGAAUUACGUACUGAUUAUUGUGUGUAAAACAAAACCUAGGAUGAGGGAACAUUUUUCGUGAUGGGAUUUCACAAAAUAUGAAGAAUUUUCCUCACAGUUAGAUAAUGUAAAUUUUUUUCUUAUAAAAUGAGAAAGGAAAAAAAGAUAAUAUUAAUGAGACCACGUAAAAAAUAAACUCUUUCCGUCACUCAUUCUCAAAACAAUUUCUUAUAUUGUUCUUACCGUUUGUAAAUAGAUGUAGGGAAUGGUAGAAUAGUGUGGUAUGUAGGGGGUGUGUUUGUGAAAAUGGAGCGAGUGAAAUUUUGAGCCAAUGAGGAUGAGGAAAAAAAUUCCAAUAAGAUAAAAUAAAACAGAAAUAGUAAAUUUUAAGAUAUAUACUGUAUUGUUCACACACACUAAAAAAAAUGACAUCAUUUGGCGAAUUGUACUUGAGAUGGAAGUUCUCUCUAAUGCGGAAACUACCCCGGAAGAGAAAAAUCCAUUUGGGGGUGAGCUUAUAUUCUUCUCCGGCCAUGCAUUGUGUGGAGAAAAAUAUGCAAGAAAAGGUUUGAAAGCUCCCCCCGAAAGCUCCUUGCAAGUGUUUUCUCGCCAAAGAAACAUGUCUUAUGCAGGUAUUGACGUCUUCCUAUGCUACGCUGUCUAUUAUUAUAUAUUACAAAAAAAAUAAAGAAGAAGAAAGUAAAUGAUGAAAAAAAAAAGAUACCGUAAAUAAAGUAAAAAAAAAAUAUUAAAGUUAUUUAAUAAAUUAAAAAAAAAGCAUGUAAACACAAACUUUGAAAAAAAACAUUACAUAGCUUCUUAACCGUAGACAAACUCUUAACAAGAAAAAAGAAUCUUUUGAUGGUAUUGCAGGAAAAAAUUUAUAAGAUUUUUUCCCUGUCUUUGAACACCACACAAGGAAAACUCUUAAAUAAAUUUUUAAACAAUUUUCUAAUAAAAAAAAAUAACUUCAAGUUUUUGAUUUUAUUUGUUAAUAGAAAAAAUUGAGAAUUAAUGUUCUUGAAUGUUUUACAAAGUUAUUAGAGAGUUCAAUUUCAAAAAAUAGAUGAGAGUUUUAACGUUUUUUAAAAUAACCAAAGGUUGAAGAAAAAAAUGUAAAAUUUAUUACCGAUUUCUAUGCUUGACAAUCUUUGAAAUUUGUACAGAAAAAAAAAAACAUUAAAAAUAAACAAAAUUGCUUUGUGAAGUUCAUUUUACAUCCAGCAGUUUAACUAACAAAUCAGUAGAAAAAUAAAUUGUGUGAGCAGAAUAUAUAGAGGGUUGUAUUCUUGGAAUUUAACGAGGAGUUUUGAACAAUUUUUAAAGACUUUUUUUUAUUUGUUUUUCUAAAGAAAGUUCCCAGGAAAAGCUUAGGUAUGAAAUAAUUACAAAAAAAAAUUAAUAUUUUUUUUUAUUCUCAUUGAAUACUUCAGUGGUUGCCUAUGUGAUUUUUCUCCGAGGUUUUUAUCACAUUUAUGUUAAUGUAAUAUCGGUAUUCUUUGUUCCUUAAUUUCCAAUUGAUUGAAUCGCAAUAACUUCUUUAUGUUUCUUUGAAAUUUUCAAUCAUAAGUUAUUGAAUAAAACUGAGAAGAAUUCUUUAUAAAUGUAUUACAACAAAAUAAUCAACAAUUAACCUCAAAUAAAACCCUUAAAACCUCCACAAAAAUCCCUAAAAUACAACCCUUUUGAGACAAACAGAUCCGCAGUGACUUUGUAACAAAAUGAAUAUUAGAUAAAAGAAGGUUGACGAUAUUUUUUCACUUGAAGAAAUAUUUUUAUAAAAGUAAAACUUUUUUAUAGUCAAGGUUUCUCUUCUAUAUAUUUCUCCACAUACCCUAUAAUAAAUAAACUAUAGUCAACCCCCUUUGGAAGUUUUGUUCUCACUUUUCUGCCGCCUCUUUUUUGCCUGAAAGCAGAAAAAAAGCUCCAAUCAAAAACUUGAAGCUAAAAACAACUCAAAUUUUAUAUUUUUUAAAUGACAACAAAAAACUUUGUAAACCAACACACCGAUUACUCCAAAGUACUGUAAGAGAUAAAGAGGGAUGUAAGAGAUUGAAGUUAAACUAAAUUUGAUGGUGUGACGCGUAGAAAAUGAAGAAUGGAGUGGAUGAAUCGGAAAGCUCUCUCUUUACGCGAGAGACUUUUUGUGAACACAUUUGAGGGAUUUAUACAACAUACAGACUUUGUACAUGCAAAUUAUGCCUUAUUUCCUAUUUUUACACACACUAAAACACAACUAAAUAAACAUUUAAAACAAAUUGUAAAAAAAAAAAUGGAGUAAAUUCCAACAACAACAAAAAACUCUGAUUGAAUGCUUCUUUCGUGACAUAAUGGGAAUUAUUGUUGAAAUAAAAAAAAAUAUAUAAAAUUUAACACAAGAAAAUGAGAUAUAUAUUUGUGAGAAAAAUCAGAAAUAAUUUAACAAGUGAAAAUCCUUCAGCUUAAAGAAAAACUCUUUGAAUCUUAAAGUAAAUAAAAGGGGUGGGAUGAGGUAUAAUUUCUUCUUAUUAUGGUUUUGUAAUUUAGGUAAGAACCUCUUUUUUCUUUAAUGAAAAUCCUUAAAAACUUUAAAAAAUAUUUUAAAUUGAAUUUUUUAAUUAGGUAAAAUGUUCUUUAUUAAAAUAAUUAAAUCAUCCCCCCAUUGAAAGUGCAACAUCGUUAAAAAUUCCAAAUGAAAAGAAAGCUCGAAGGAACCUUCCAUUAAAUAUAAUUAUCCGUGUUUUAAAUGUGGCAAUACACGAAACAUAUCAUGAAUGUUGUAAAAGUGUAUGGAGAGAAGUAUAUUUUGUACAUAAUUGUGUGUGGGAAAAAAGGACAUGCAAGAAGCAAAAUCCAAAACAAAACCAACUAAGAAAAAAAAUAUUUUAUGAAAAAGAAACUUCUUUUUGUAACAUUUUGGCAAGAAAAACUGCUGUUCGACAUUAUAAAGAUUAUAUGGUGUGAGAAAAAUGGGCUAGGGAAGAGCUUGAGAAAGAAAGGGAGAUUCUGGUGAAAAACAGACACAAAUGUAUUUAUAUUAUACCAAAUCGGUGAGUUGAUAAAAAACAUUAAAAAAUAUAUAAAGGCUAAAAUAAAAAAAAUAAUAAUUGAGUAUUAUGCAAAAUUUUCAGAGAGAAAAUUGUUUUCCUCAUUAGAUAGAAAAAAUAAAGAAAGUUUUCUGUUGAUAAAUCCACAAACAGGAUUAUUUCGUUGAGAAAUUAAAGUUUUUGGAGACUUAAAAUGGAUUUCAAAUGAAAAUUUUAUUACCCUCCUCUGUUAAAAUGCGUUAAUCAUUGAAUAAAUAAAAAAAACAUGAGAAAAUAAAUAAAAAUCUUUAGGAAAAAAGUUAGCAAAAUGAAAAAAUCUUCUGUCAAUUUAUGAGAAUUGUCAAAGAUUGAUGGAGUUUUUGAAAAAAAAAUGGUGAAACAACUUAUGUAUAGAAUUAAUAUUUUAACUAAAUGAAAAAGAAAAUGACAAUUAAAGUCUUUAUUUUUUAAAACGAUAUUUAAUUACAUACUAUGGAAGGUAUAUAGUUAAGUGAUGAAAUACGAGGCAUUUAGAGUGCUAAAAAAAACAAGAUAUUCCUUCAUUUUGUAUAAAGAAAAAAAUUCUAACGAUGGGAAAAUAAUGUAUAAAAAAAUUCAGUUUUAAAAUGGAAAAAUGUAAAAAGAAUAUAUAUAAAGAAACAAAAUAUGAAAAAUGCGAAAUUAUGAGAAAAAGAAUGAAAUAAAUGUUAAUAUAAUAUAGUAAAGAGAAAA